AUGGAGGACGAUAACUUCUGGGACGACGGGGUCGACGAUUCCGCGUACGAUGCGCUGCUCGAGCUGGAGCAGGAUGCCUACCAGACACCGCAGCAAGGGGCCGUGGUGCCACCAUCUAGAGAGACGACGCAGCAGCAGCAGCAACGGCAGCUUCAACAACAUGACCAGCCUGUCUCGCGGCCUGUCCGGCCCUCACUAAUUCGCCAUUCGACGAGCAAUACCUCGAGUAGCACUGUUGAGCAGAGGAGGAGACGGCGGAACCCUGCUCAGCAUCUCCGGCCGGCGCUGAGCUUUGGGGAUACGGAUUAUCAGCAGUGGGAUGCCAGCGUUCUCGACAAGGACGACGGUCUAGAUCUGGUGGACGAACAGGAUGCUUUACUGGAAACACCGGGAGAAUCUGGCGAAGGAGUCGGCCAGCAGCUGGGCUAUACCAGUGCCUCUCUUGCGCCGGGACAAUGGCGUCGAAUUACGGCGGACGAGCCCGGUGUGAUGGUAGAGCCCAUGCAAACAGACGGGCUGCAAGGAGGCAAUGCGGACACCACUUCGUUCCAUACCCAUCCAUUUGAGGGUGCCCAUGUUGAAGAGCUGAAGGACCAGAUUGAACAGCUGACUCGAGAACGAGAAAGGCUUGCUCAAGAACUUGCAGCAGCAACAGCUUCAGAGGAAGCUCGAGCUGGUGAGAUUGCCAUUAUACGGGCUAAUCAGGUAAAACUUGAAAAGAAUCACAACCGCCAAAUUUCCGCGCUGAAAAGCGCCAUGGAAGAGGAAACUAGGAAAUACCGAGCAGAGAUUGAAGCUGCUCUGAUGGAGAGCAAGCGGCUGGUUGCUGAAAAUGGAUUUCUCAAGCAUGAUUUGCAAGAAGAGGCCUACCGCGCUUCUAAAUUGCAGCAUAGCUUCCGGAACAAGCCCAAGGAUGAUAAGCCGCACCCUGCAACCCCAAGGAAGAGCAAGUCCCUGCCUCUUAGGGACGGAUUUGAUGACGAUGAGCUCAUGGUGUCUCCUUCAAAGUCUACCGGAAGGAGAUCCAAGCGGGCGACCCCAAUGACGUCGAACAAGCGAAAACGCGCGGUUGAUGAUUCCCCAAUACCUCUUGCGCUUCAGCUGAGUCAGUCUCUCGGGGGCAGUGCUGACGAUAAUGGGAACGCUGAAACUCCCGGAGGAGGAAAAGAAGAGACCCCUGAAGAGAGUCAACAAAAGCAGCAGCAGCAGCAGCAGCCCAAGCGAGAGGACCGUAACAUGCGGUAUAUGCGGCUUAUCCUUAAUCACCGUACAUACCCAAGGAAUGCUCCUGAUAUGGAGGUGUUUUCAAGCAUGUAUUUCCCGUCCGAGCCGGACCGCAAGUUCUCGUCGAUUGUCAUACAGUCGAUUACCGCGCAGAGCAGCAGCAACUAUGCGGUGGAAUAUACCAAGGCCAUAGCGUCGUUAUGGUCACGCGCUUUGAAAGAGCAUUUCCACAGCCCUAUUGGCAUGUUCAUGUCAAUAGUGAAAUUCAUCCUUCACUUAGAUCUGCAUAAGCUGGCUCCCUGCGUCAUCGAAUCUAUUGUGCCGGUGCUCCAGAACUCCGGAUACAUCAAUGGCGUGCCUCGGUUCACCAGUUCCCCAGUAUCGCAUGAAAAUCUGGGGAAGGUCAAGAGGACGCCUCAGAAAAAGCUGGACCACCGCGUCAGCUCCACAGAGGCACUCGAGAUACUUUACCUGAUUGUCAGUGGCUGUCAGCAGAACAGGCAGGCACUAGAGCUGUUCUGGCGCUGCGUGGGAUACGACUUUAUCCUGAUCAUGCUGAAUUCAUACCAGCAGCUCAACGAUAUCAUUCUGACGUUGAAGAUCCUAGCCUGUGGCCAGCUGACCAACACCUUUGGACCAAUCUGUGACUCAGAGUCGCAGCAGCUAGAGCAUGAAAAGUACAUCAUUGACAGGGCAGCUAACCUGCUUAGCGAGCUGCCAUCAUCCGAUGAAGGGGAGAAACCGUACACGGCUUGGGAAAUCACCACUCUGCGGGUCGAGGUGAUGCUGUUCCUGAACGAGAUUGCCUUCUCCAUACCAAAUCCAGAACGGAACCGACUUGGUAAAAUGAUUGCCUCACAUCCGAGUGCUCUAGCCCGCGCCUUUCGGUCUAUGCAUGACGAGCUUGAUGCUAUGUAUUCGAACCCCCCAGAGCGGGACUUGCAUGCCACUUUGGUCAACGGUCUGACCCGCUUUGUGUAUGGUAUUAUCAAGUUGUUCCCAGGCCAGGUCGACCUACCUUCACGGCUCCGUGCUGUACCAGGGGCAGUACAGAAACACCUUGUUGUUCUGACCCGUUUGGCAUUCAGUGAAGGAUUGCUGCUAGAAGCCGGAAUAUCUGAUCAGACUGUUGAGAUGACCCAUGAGCUGCUAGAGGAUGCUAUCAACCCACAGGAAGCAGAGGCACUGGUAGAGGCAUUCCGAUCAAGCAAGACAGAUGAAUGA